AUGCCUUCCAUUAAAGAUGUGAAGCACUUGCAGAUUCCUCUCCGGGAGAUAUCAUUGGCAACUAAUGGAUUUGCCAAAGAGAAUCUCAUUGGAGAAGGUGGACUUGGGCCUGUGUACAAAGGCAUAUCCAAAAAACACGGCUCCAUCGCGGUGAAGCGGUUGGUUUAUAGGCAAAUUCUUGGGCAAGGAGACAAGGAAUUUAAGACCGAGAUAGCUUUGCUUUCAAAAUAUAAACAUGAAAAUAUUGUCUCUCUUCGUGGUUUCUGUGACAAAGAUGGCGAGAAGAUUCUUGUUUAUAGGUAUGAAAGCAAUGGGAGUCUUAACGAGCAUUUAAACGACGAAAAUCUAACCUGGAUCCAGCGCCUAUGGAUUUGCCUAGAUGCUGCCCGUGGGUUACAAUACCUUCACGAUAACGUUGGGUCUCAACUUGGAAUCUUCCACCGCGAUGUGAAAAGCCCCAAUAUCCUUUUGGAUGAAGACUGGAAGGCAAAAAUUUCAGAUUUUGGGUUGCCAAGAGCACGCCCUGCCAAUAUGCAGGGUAGCUUUCUUUUCUCGUAUCCGUGUGGCACAGAAGGAUAUAUUGAUCCAGACUACUGUAACAACGGUUAUCUCACCCAAAAAUCUAACGUCUACUCUUUUGGGGUCGUUCUGUGGGAAGUUUUGUGUGGAAGGCUUGCAUAUGUUCCAUCAUACAAUACAAUGAUGACCGUGUAA